ACCCCGUUUUCUCUUCUUUCAGGUUAGCUUGAACGAUUCCCACAAUCAAAUGGUCGUGCACUGGGCCGGGGAGAAGAGCGAUGUGAUUGUAGCUUUGGCCCGGGACAGCUUAGCAUUGCCAGGCCCCAAAUUUAGUGAUGUUUAUGUUUCCUAUGAUUAUGGGAAAACGUUUAAAAAGAUAUCCAAAAAAUUUGGUUUUGGCCCAGGGAACUUCAGCCAAGCUGUCAUCGCUCAGUUCUACCACAGUCCAGCAGACAACAAAAGGUACAUCUUUGUCGAUGCAUUCUCCCAGUACCUUUGGCUCACCACGGAUUUUUGCACCACCAUUCAAGGCUUCCCAAUUCCAUUUAAAGUCGCAGACCUCCUCCUGCACAGCCAGCUCCCCAACCUUGUCCUGGGAUACGACCGAUCCCAUCCCAACAAACAGCUCUGGAAAUCGGAUGAUUUUGGGCAAACCUGGAUUAUGAUUCAUGAACACGUGAAGUCCUUCGCUUGGGGUGUGGAGCCAUACGACAAGUCAAAUACGAUUUACAUCGAGCGGCAUGAACCUAAUUUGUCCUCGACGGUCCUCCGCAGCACAGAUUUCUUCCAGACGCGGGAAAAUAAAGAGAUUUUGCUGGAAGAGGUGGAAGACUUCCAGCUCAGGGACAAAUAUCUCUUUGCAACAAAAUCUGGGCCUCUGUCGGGCGAUCCAUUACAAACUUCGGUUCAACUCUGGGUCUCCUUUAACCGGAAGCCAAUGCAGGCUGCACAGUUUGCAACAAGACACCCCAUUAAGGAAUAUUAUAUUGCGGACACUUCUGAAGACCAGGUGUUUGUGUGCGUCACUUAUAGUAACAACAGCACCAGCCUCUAUAUCUCCGAAGCUGAAGGCCUUCAUUUUUCGUUGACUUUGGAAAACAUCCUGUAUUACAGUCCUGGUGGAGCAGGCAGCGACACCUUAGUAAGAUACUUUGCAAGCGAGCCUUUUGCAGACUUCCACCGCGUUGAGGGCAUUCCGGGGGUCUAUAUCACCACCCUGAUCAACGGCUCGUUCAGCGACGAGAAUAUGCGCUCAGUCAUCACCUUCGACAAAGGUGGGACUUGGGAAUUUCUCCAGCCUCCAGAGUAUACUCACUAUGGCGAAAAGAUAAAUUGUGAGCUUUCUUUGGGCUGUUCUCUUCACUUGGCCCAAAGGCUCAGCCAGCUGCUCAACUUCCAGUUGCGCCGAAUGCCCAUCCUAUCCAAGGAAUCCGCUCCCGGAUUGAUCAUUGCAACAGGUUCUGUGGGGAAGAACAUGGCAAGCAAAAUGAAUGUCUACAUUUCCAGCAGUGCUGGCGUCAGAUGGCAGGAGGUCCUGUCUGGGCCCCAUUAUUACUCCUGGGGAGACCACGGGGGCAUCCUCAUGGCCGUGACACAGGGGUCAGAAACAAACCAGCUGAAGUAUAGCACGAAUGAAGGGGAAACCUGGAAAACCUUCACGUUCUCCGAAAAGCCAGUCUUUGUGUAUGGCCUGCUGACAGAACCGGGCGAGAAAAGCACCAUCUUCACCAUUUUUGGGUCUUACAAAGAAAACGGACACAGUUGGCUGAUUCUGCAGAUCAACACCACGGACGUCCUCGGGGUGCCUUGCACGGAAAAUGAUUAUAAACUGUGGUCUCCCUCCGAUGAACGCGGGAAUGAGUGUCUCUUGGGACACAAGACGGUCUUCAAAAGGCGAACGCCUCACGCCACUUGUUUCAACGGGGAGGAUUUCGAUCGACCGUUCCUGGUCUCCAAUUGUUCCUGCACCAGGGAAGACUACGAGUGCGAUUUUGGUUUCAAGCUAAGUGAGGACCUGUCAUUAGAAGUUUGCAUUCCGGAUCCUGAGUUUGCUGGCAAACUUUUCUCGCCUCCUGUGUUGUGCCCUGUUGGAUCAACCUACAAAAAAACACGAGGUUACCGCAAGAUAUCCGGCGACACGUGUUCUGGAGGUGACGUAGAGGCCCGGUUAGAAGGGGAAACCGUUCCCUGUCCAUUAGCAGAGGAAAAUGAGUUCAUCUUGUAUUCAACAAGGUAUUCCAUCCAUCGGUACGAUCUCUCAUCUGGACUGACUGAAGAUUUGCCUUUGACGGGGCUGCGUGGGGCGGUGGCCCUGGACUUCGAUUACACUCACAACUGCCUCUACUGGGCUGACGUGACUCUUGAAAUUAUCCAGCGUCUCUGUCUCAACGGAAGUUCUGGGCAGGAAGUUAUCAUCGGCACCGGCCUGGAGACCGUCGAAGCAUUGGUCUUUGAGCCCAUCAGUCAACUGCUUUACUGGGUGAACGCUGGCAUCCCCAAAAUCGAGGUCGCCAACCCAGAUGGGGACUUGCGUCUUACCAUUUUAAAUGCCUCAGUGCUUGAGCGUCCCCGAGCCCUAACUCUGGUGCCCAAAGAAGGACUGAUGUUCUGGACAGAUUGGGGGGAUUCCCGGCCUGGUAUUUAUCGAAGUGAAAUGGAUGGCUCCUCUGCUACUUGCAUUGUCUCCGAGGGCGUCAAGUGGCCAAAUGGAAUUUCGGCAGAUGAUCGUUGGAUCUACUGGACGGAGGCCUACAUGGACAGGAUCGAGCGGGUUGACUUCAACGGCAUGCAGAGAUCAGUGAUCUUGGAUAGUCUUCCUCAUCCCUAUGCCAUUGCUGUGUUUAAGAAUGAUAUCUAUUGGAAUGAUUGGUCUCAGCUGAGCAUUUUUAGAGCCUCCAAGCACAAUGGAGCCAGAAUGGAGACCUUGGUUGACCAUCUCAAUAGUGUGAUGGACAUGAAAAUCUUCUACCAUGGAAAGACUACAGGGAAGAAUGCAUGUGCAGACAAGCCAUGCAACCUCCUGUGUUUGCCCAGGGCUAACAAUAACUAUACUUGUCGAUGCCCCGAUGGAGUCUCCAGCCAUGUGCUCCCAACAGGGGAGAUGCAAUGCGAUUGCCCACCCAACUAUCACUUGAAGAAUGGCACCUGCGUAAAAGAAGAAAACACCUGCCUCUCCAACCAGUACAGAUGCUCAAACGGGAAUUGCAUUAAUAACAUUUGGAAAUGUGACAAUGACAACGAUUGCGGGGACAUGAGCGAUGAAAAGAACUGCCCAACAACUGUGUGUGAUCCUGACACCCAAUUCCGUUGCCAUGAAUCCGGGACCUGCGUCCCUCUGUCCUAUAAGUGCGAUCUGGAGGAUGAUUGUGGAGACAGUAGUGACGAGAGCCACUGUGAAGCCCACCAGUGUCAGAAUGACGAGUUCAGCUGCAAUUCGGGGAUGUGUAUCCGUCUCUCAUGGAAAUGCGACGGUGACAACGACUGUCGGGAUUGGUCUGACGAAGCGAACUGCACAGCUGUUCAUCACACUUGUGAAGCCUCCAGUUUCCGCUGCCAAAACGGGCACUGCAUCCCCCAAAGAUGGGCUUGUGAUGGAGACACCGAUUGUCAAGACGGAACGGAUGAAGACCCCAUCAAUUGUGAGAAGAAAUGCAAUGGCUUCCAGUGCUCCAUGGGGACGUGCAUCCCUUCUAGUAAGAGAUGCAAUGGAGUGCAGGACUGCUCCGAUGGCUCGGAUGAACAACACUGUGAAUCCCUCUGCACACACUACAUGGAUUUUAUGUGCAAGAACCGGCAACAGUGUCUCCUACGCUCCAUGGUGUGCGACGGCACCUUGCACUGCCGCGACGGUUCGGACGAAGAUCCUGCCUAUGCCGGGUGUUCCCAGGAUGCAGAGUUCCAUCGUACUUGUGACCAGUUCAGCUUCCAGUGUCAGAAUGGCGUGUGUGUCAGCUUGGUGUGGAAAUGUGACGGCACCGAUGACUGCGGAGAUUACUCGGACGAGGCGAACUGUGAAAACCCAACCGAAGCCCCCAGCUGUUCUCGGUAUUACCAGUUCCAGUGUGAUAACGGGCAUUGCAUCCCGAACCGAUGGAAAUGCGAUCAAGAAAAUGACUGCGGAGAUUGGUCGGAUGAGAAGUCGUGUGGAGGCUCUGCAGUGAUCCCUAUCACCACUACAACUCCUGCCACAUGUGGCCCAAAUCACUUCCGGUGUAAUAGCGGGACGUGCAUCAUGAACAGCUGGGUUUGCGAUGGAUAUCGAGACUGUGCCGAUGGAUCCGACGAGGAGGCCUGCCCCACCGCACCCGUUGGUGCCAGUUCCACAUCUGCCAGUGUCCAUGGACGGUGCAGCCGGUUUGAAUUUGAGUGCCAGCAGACCAAGAAGUGUGUUCCAAAUUGGAAACGAUGUGAUGGCUUGAAAGAUUGUCAGGACAGCACAGAUGAACUGAACUGCCCCACUCACAGCACCUUGUUAUGCCCUAGUGGAUUCAGAUGUGAAGAUGGGGAGGCCUGCAUCAUGAAGAUGGAACGAUGCGACGGUUUUCUGGAUUGUCCGGAUAGCAGCGAUGAAAAGAACUGUACUGAUGAUACUCUUGUCUAUAAGGUUCAGAACCUGCAGUGGACAGCUGACUUUUUGGGCAACAUCACUUUAUCCUGGGCUCAGCCGAAGAAGAUGCCUCUCGCUUCCUGUGUCUACAACAUCUACUACAGGAUGGUGGGAGAAAGCAUGUGGAAAUCCGUGGAAACCCACAGCAGCAAAACCAACACUAUCUUGAAAGUACUGAAGCCGGAUUGCACGUACCAAGUCAAGGUCCAAGUCCAGUGCCUGAGCAAAGUGUACAACACCAACGAUUUCAUAGUCUUACGGACUCCAGAAGGACUCCCAGAUCCACCCCGCCAUCUUCAACUGCAGCUGAAGAAAGAAGCUGAAGGCAUCGUGGUUUGCCAGUGGGCCCCUCCAGCAAAUGCCCAUGGUCUAAUCAGAGAAUACGUUGUGGAAUACAGCAGAGCCGGUUCAAAGGAAUGGUCUUCCGUAAGGGCGCCCACCAACUAUUCAGAAGUGGAGAUGUUGCAGGUCAACGCCUUAUAUGUUUUCAGAGUUGCCGCGGUAACAAGCCGUGGAGUGGGCAACUGGAGUGAUUCCAAAUCCAUACGAACUAUAAAAGGCAAAGUUAUUCCGCCUCCUACGAUCCAUAUUGAUAAUUAUGAUGAAAACUCCAUAAGCUUUACCCUCAGACUAGACGCCAAUAUUCAGGUGAACGGCUACAUCGUGAAAAUUUUCUGGACUUUUGACACCCACCGACAAGAAAAGAGAUCAUUCUUUGUAGAUGGAGGGAAAUCAGCUCAAACAGUGAGGAACUUGACUGCUCAGACACCGUAUGAAAUUUCUGCCUGGGCCAAGACGGAGCUGGGGGACAGCCCGCUCUCUUUCGCUCACGUAGUGACCCGGGGCACGAGGCCGUUCCCCCCCAGCCUGAAGGCCAAAGCGGUCAACCAGACAGCCGUCGAAUGCAACUGGAGUGGGCCAAGGAAUGUGAUAUACGGCGUAUUUUACGCCACGUCUUUCCUGGACCUCUACCGGAAUCCUAGCAAUGCAACUACAGCUCUCCACAACAUGACUGUGAUUGUUAACCGGGAUGAACAGUACUUAUUCCUGGUGCGAGUGAUUUCUCCAUACCAAGGUCCACCCUCAGAUUAUAUUGUUGUGAAGAUGAUUCCUGACAACCGCCUUCCCCCUCGACACCUUCACGCUGUCCACCUAUCAAAAACGUUUGCCAUCAUUAAAUGGGAGUCGCCUUACGACUCCCCGGAUCAAGAUAUGUUGUAUGCAGUGGCUGUGAAAGAUUUAAUAAGGAAGACAGAUCGAAACUAUAAGGUGAAGACCCGAAACAGCACGGUGGAAUAUACCAUAAAAAAACUGGACCCUGGUGGAAGAUACCACAUCGUUAUACAGCUAGGAAACAUGAGCAAGGAAGCUAGUUUGAAAAUCAACACAGUAUCCCUGGCUGCACCUGAUGCUUUAAAGAUUAUACCAGAAAAUGACCACAUCUUGUUGUUUUGGAAGAGUUUAGCCUUGAAAGAAAGCCAAUUUAAUGAAACCCGGGGGUAUGAGGUGCACAUGUUUGACGGUGGGACCAACACCACGUCCUAUCUGGGGAACACUACGGAGAAUGUCUUCAAGGUUUCCCACCUGAAGGCUGGCCACAAUUACUCCUUCACGGUACAAGCAAGAUGUCUCUACAGUGGGCAGAUGUGCGGAGAGCCUGCAACUCUUCUCUACAGCGAGCUGGGAAGAGAUGGAGAUGCCAGGGCCUCUAUAUUGGGCAAAUCUAAGGAUGUUGCCGCCAUCGUGGUUCCCGUCUUGUUUCUUUUACUAGUGACAGUGGGUGUUGGGUUUGUGGUCUUGUACAUGAGGCAUCGAAGACUUCAAAAUAGCUUCACGGCCUUUGCCAACAGUCACUACAACUCCCGACUGGGUUCCGCCGUAUUCUCCUCUGGAGAUGACUUAGGAGAUGAAGACGACGAAGCCGCCAUGAUCACAGGUUUCUCAGACGACGUCCCUAUGGUAAUAGCGUGAAGAACGUUUCGGAUUCUGGAAAGCAAAAAAAAUAAUAAUAAUGGUGUAAAUAUUUUAUUUGAUAAAGAAAAAAAAGUCAACUGUUUAUUUUAAAAAGAACAAAAACUAAAAAGCACUUUUGAGUUGCAAUACAUUAUUUUUGUAUCGGCUGAAAAAGAAAACAAAACAAGAAACAAUGAGUACACUUUGUAGCACACGGCUGUGAAAUUUCAAAUCAGGUUGAUGCUCUUUCUGUGGUUGGGUUUCUUUCCUUGUUCUUCUUUUCCAAACUUUGAUUUCCUCUUAAUGCUUCCUGAGCACACCUUUGAUUCUUUCCCAUCGGCAAUGACUUUGAUCCUCUGAGAACUUGGGAGCAGUUGGAACCCUGGGAGGCUUCUUCUGGCUUGAUGUCAGAUGGAAGUCAGAUGAAACCAAAGGAUAGUCCGUCAUUAAGAGAAUCCUUCCUUGCAGUGUGCAUGAAUGAAAUGGUGUGGCCAAGCGAUGGAGGGCAAUAGAAGAAGGGGACGGCAGAGAAGGAGGUGGCUGGAUGGACUCACUGAAGCAGUCGGAGUGAGCUUAAAUGGACUCUGGAGGAUGGUAGAGGACAGGAGAGCUUGGAGGAACGUUGUCCAUGGGGUUGCGAUGGGUCGGACACAACUUCACAACUAACAACAAUGAGGUUCUUUGUUGCCCUGUGUGGCCUCUGGAGAUUCUUAGGUGGAGUCCUCCAGGAUAUGGUUCUCCCAAAGGUGCUUUUUUUUUUUUCAGGAGGCAACUGGACUUUGGGGGUUUUUUUGAAGACGUUUUGCUUUUCAUCCAAGAAGCUUCUUCAGUUCUUUGACGACGCUUCACUUCUUCUCCAAAGAUGAUGAAGCUUUUUGGAUGAGAAGCGAAAUGUCUUCAAAGAAAAAACAGAAAGUCCAGUUGCCUCUUGAAAAAAUACAUUGCCCUGCGUUCCACGUUAGUGACUGUGUUGGGCAUCGCGUGGGACGGAAGUAUUUCCACUUUACUUUUUUCCCAGGGUUAGACCGCUGCAGAUUUCUUUCCACCUUUUGAGUUGAAGUAAUGAGUCCAACAAGAGACUGAACGUUGUUAAAUCGUUGUCUGUGCCAGCCAUAGGAUGCCAGUCCCUUAUUCCUAGUCUGACCUCUGCAAGUUGACUAGAUAUUAUUCAGAGAUUUGUAGAUUUUCUUCUUCUGCUCCUUAAGUGAUGAUAUGGAUUCUCACCUUUUGGUAGGAGAUAACGUCUCUAGUUUUGGCCCGCUUGAACACAAAGCACAGGUAAGAUUCCUAAAAAAAAUGCUCUGAAGUUGUGCUGAGCCAGAAGUUGCACAUUGCCUGAAGCUCUUCUCUGGUACUGAUAAAGGAGAAUAUUUGUAGCUCAGGGUUGAUAUGAGGGGUCCUUGGUGCUCUCUGAGCUUGUUUGUUUUCUUGCAGAUGUUUCCUUACCCAAAGUAGGUAACAUCAGUGCUAGCAUCAACCUAGUUGGGUAAGGAAACAUCUGCAAGAAAACAAGCAAGCUCAGAGAACACCAAGGAUCUACUUUUCUCUGGGUUCUUUGGAGUCAUUUCAGACCAAACAUUGGUAAUUUUCUGCAGUUUGGAUCCUGGAAAUAAAUUGAAACAGUCCUACCCACCUUAAAGCAAGAUGAUCACAGUUUGGAAAGAGGACACCAAAGUUCCAGAUCCCAACCUGGAAAAGCCUCAAAGAAAAUCCCAAGGAUGUGGUAGGCUCUGCUCCCUCUCAAUGGACCUUCGUUUCCUAAAGAAAGGGUCUCCAAGCUUGGCAACUUUAAAACUUGUGGACUUCAACUCCCAGAAUUCCAUGCUGGCUGAGGGAUUCUGGGAGUUGAAGUCCACAAGUCUUAAAAGUGGCCAAGUUUGAAGACCCCCUGUCCUAAAGCAGUAAGCCUUUGGUCACCAUAAUCUUCUUACCACUGGGGGACGUGACUUGAGUCACUUAGAAAUGUUCUGAGAAGUUGAUUCCAGAUUGAAGUCAAGAAGAGAAGAAAGGAGACGAGAUAGGACAUUUUCUACUGGAUGAAGACCAGGUCAUAGAAGCAGAGAACACAAUAUGGAUAGCUUCAAGGAUGGGACUGUAGAGUCACAAAUGCCAUUCUGACUUCCUUAUCCUCCUCUCCUUACCCAGUUUACGUUUCCUAAUUCCCGGGAUGGAGUUGUUCUUCAUUUUUUGAAACAUUGCUGCUACAAACCCAUGUAAUUUUCAGGGACAUUUGCUCAAAAUCUAUACCCCCAAAUUCAUGAAUUUUCUUCAAAAUAACCUCGUUCUCUCAGGAUCAAUCUCAACCAUCUUCAGGUUUUCUUUCUAUUUGUGUGUUUCUUCUUCCUAAGCAAAAAAAAAAGUUAUUUAAAAAAAAUGUUCAGGAAAUCUAUAAUUAUGUCUAUAUCUAUAUAAAGAGAAGAAAUCAUUUGUUCCUGAAGGUUUUACAUUGACUGAAAGAUGAAAAUUAUUUGUAUUAUGUUUUAUAGGCGGGUGGGGUUUUGUUUCUGGAUUUAUUUUUUAUUAUUUUUGGUUGGUUCAACUAAUUUAUUAGGAAAUCUGCUUUUGAUCAGAGUUCCAAAUUCUCAGUCACGCACAUGAUUGUUGGUUAGCGACACGUCACUUUAAUCUAUUUUUUGUGUGUGUGUGCAAAACUUUGGGUUCUGUUUGUUUUCCAUCUCCUGUAAGUUGCAUCUGGCAUUAUUGCCACAGUAAAACACAAAACACCACCUAUUUUUUAAUCUCUGGAUACUUUUUCAUGCUUUGUGAGAAAGUAAAAAAGGUCAGGCGGGUAGAAUGAAAAAUAUGACUUAAGUUGUCACACCGAGGGCUUAAAUGUUUUCUGCAGAUUACUUUGCACGUGUUCAUAGAUGCAAAAAAAACAAAAAAGGUACAACAAUU